AAUUAAAAUGUCAAACUAAUCUCGUAGCAGCCAAUCAUCAAGAAGUUCUUCACAAAAGCGUCAUACAAAAAGACCUUAGAGAGACAAAAGAAAGAAGAAUAACUCUGAUGAAUACGACAGUGAUGAUGAAGAUGUAUCCUAAUAUGAGGGUAUCUAUAUUCAAUUCAUUUUAGGCACAAGACUCAAAAAUAAACAGCAACCACUAUUAGGUCCUGGUAGAUUCAACAAAAGAGAAAAUAAACUCAAAAAACCAAAUUCUGUCUAUACUCCGGCGGCAACUACAUUUCUAUACAAGCCUGGGGCGGAAUUGCCUAAUCUAUCCAAUUUCAUCAACUAGACUAUUGAAAUUCGAAUUGCCUGCGAGUACGUCAACAAAAACAAUCAAGCUUUGAUACUUCGAUAAAUUUGGGGAUCCAAUGGUGUCUAUGCUAGUCAUAGUGAUGCAGUUUGUAUUGGCAUACAUGCAGGUCUCUUAGCCUUGGGAGAUCUUAAAUUAACAGGAACCUUUUAUUAAGGGAUUAGUUUGUCUUGUAAAGUCAUUAAAGGCAAAAAGACAUUAAAUGGUUAAUUAAAAGUGCCUUUACUUUCAAGAUCUCUCAAGAUUCCUUGUGCUCAUUGUCUAAAACCUGAGAAAGUAAAUUGGUUGCCCCAAUUAGGAUCUCCUGAACAAUUAAUAAGUUGGGCAAGAAAGAUGUCUUUGCCUCCGCAUAGGAGAUUAACCAAAAAAACCCAUCUGAAUGUAUUCUUACAUGAACCUCCCUAAAUCAGUCUUCCAGAAAAUUUAUUAGUUAAUAACCUACCUCCACUAAAUGAAGGCUGGAUUGUUUGGGACAUGUGUAAUGAACCUAGUUAAAAAUACAAUCUACUAACAUUUUUAGACAGGCAAACUGCUUAAGGUAUUCCUAGUCGUACAUCAUAUAGACUAAAAACUAAUUGUCUAUAUGUUGAAACAAGCAACAAAAAGUAUAAAAUCAAAUCUAUUUAUUAGGUUUGAAAUCUCCAUGGAUCCUAAUAAGAUAGCUGAAGAAGUGUUUUUAGACUCUCAAGUUUUUAUGAUCUCUGAAAUCAUCAUACCAUAAUAGUCAGAUAUUGAGAUGUUAUAAAAAUACGGAGUAAAUCAAUUGAUCUAAUUAGUUAGGUUCCCUUACCAAAAGAAUUUAAAAAUCUAGUUUUAGACAAAUUGAAAUGGAUUAAUUUUGAAUGGGGUAAUGAUAAUGUUAUUAUUGAUGGACAAUUCACAAUUCAAGGUUUGAAGAGCUUUAAGUUUGUACCAAUUACAAAACAUUAACAUUUAUGA